AUGGGAAAUUCCAAAUCUAAAGAGAUCACUAAACAUGCUAAAGUUGCUUUCACACCUGAAUAGCUAUAAUAAUUAGAAAAGUUAUUUGCAGGUCUAAAUGGAGGCAAAGAUCUUGUGGAAAGAUCUUUUAUACCUCAUUUUCCUGAAAAUCCAGACUUUUCGAUCAAGUUAUUCAAUUGGAUGGUUGAGAGAAGUCAUAAUCAUUAGAUUGAUUAUACAAACUUUGUUAUAUUAUGUAAGUUCUAAUUAUCAUAAAUUAGUGGAGUUGCUACUUAAGGAAUUGAAGGAUUACUAUCUUAGUGAUUAUAAGUUUAGAAAUUUAGAAAAGUUUGAAUUAUUUGCUUUGAUAAGUUUGGAAUGUUUGGAAAAUGAUAAGGAUUCCAUUAACAGGUAGUUAAUGAAUAAUAGUUAUUUUAGAUUUACUGUAUCAUACUCAUAAGGAAGUAUUGUUAUAAGGGAAUUAUUGAAUAUAUAUUCAGGAGGUUAAAUAACUAAUUCUUAGAGAAAUGAUUUAGCUGCUAGAUCAGUUACAAAUACUAUAUUUGAUUAAAAAGAUGAAAUGCCAUUUAAUCAAUUUGUAAGUAUGGCCAAAGCUUAAUUGAUAUAUGCUAACAGAUUGUGCAAAUAUUAUUUUAAUAUGAAAUUUUUGGGAGAGUAAUCUCACAUUGAAAUACCAAGAUUGAACACUUCUAGUUUUAUCUUGAAUGAUUAAGUGUUAGCAUUACUUUAAUUGAGUUCUCCUGAUUUUAGUAAAAUCAAAUAAUUAUAAUUACAAUUUUCAUCAUCUGUGAGUGAUGAUGAUUUAGAUCAUAUUGCAGAUAUAGUAGUUAAUACUUAAAAACCAUUGUUAUUCAUAUUCAGAAAUAGAGAAGAUGAAUGUAAAUAUUUAUUAUCAAUCUUAUAUAGCCUAAAAUGAUACAUUCUAAUAAUAAGUAUUUGGAGCUUAUAUUUCAAUUGAUCCAACACUCGAAACUCAUUAUAUUAGGAGAAAACUUAAGGAUCCUAUGAAUAUCUUAUACAGUGAUAAUGAUCCUAAGAGUCUCUAUUUUGGUGAUGAAAAGAGCUUCUUAUUCUCAUUGCUUCCAAAAUAUUAACUAUUUAUGAGUACCUUUGAUUAAAGAUCAAAAUAAUGUUUCGCUUAUCUAAAUAAUAAAUCUUUUAGGGUUGAUCAACCAUUGGGAUUAGCUUUUGGAGGAGAUGGUAAAGGAAAUCAUAGAAUUUGGCUUGAUGAAAAUCUAAAGGGAAAUGCAACUUGCAGAAUCAAUAACUAAUGUGAUCUAACCUAUGAAAUGGGCUAUCUAUUAGAACCACAUAUAGAAUUCCUCAAUGUAAGGCAUUUAUAUUUAAUAUACUAAGUUAACAUGUAUAGAAAUUUGGAGUGUUGAAGAAAAGGAAUUAAACCCAAUUUUACAGAGUAAAAUCAUAGAAGCAAAUAAAGAAGAUAUGCAAUAAAAAGAAGUUGAAUAACAGAAAUAAAGUGCAAUUGAAUAAAAAUGAU